UGUAUUAAAAAUAAUGGAUUUGAUGUCUUUUACUUGUAUUUAUUUGAUGUCAUGUCUGAUACUUGAUAGACAAGUAGACAAUUAUGAAAAUAAAUGGUGUCCCGCAUAUUGUCGCUGUUUUGAGGCUAUUAAAGAUGGUUUCGGACCAAAAACUUCAUAUUCAGUUGUAUGCGAUUCUUAUGGCGAAAGAAUGACUAAUCUCUAUGACUUACAGCCAUUGAAGGGGAAAGUUAUCAAUAGUCUAGUACUGGAAGGACUCAGAUUUAUCCAUUUGUAUACAACAUUUGAAGAUUUGAGUGUAAAAAAUUUGGUGAUCAGUCACUGCGAUUUUAGAUAUUAUAUUACAGAUAAGUCACACAUAUUUGAUGGGUUAGACUACGAAUAUUUGGAAGUAUUGACUAUUUUGCGGAAUACAGUCGUUGGCAACCAAUAUGAGGAGUUGGAGUGGAAAAUGUUUUAUAAAUUUACAAAUUUAAAGGCCAUAUACAUUGAGAACAGUAAUCUGUAUUAUUUGGCUAAAAAUUUUCGUGAUAUGACGUGUGCGCCGUCGGUAAAAAUUUUAACACUAAAAAAUAAUAUGUUAACAACAGUGGCCAGGGAUGCGCUGGAAAAUUUUUCAAAUCUCAAAAUUUCAUUAUAUGCACUAAAUAAUAAUAAUAAUAAUAAUUUUAUUGACAGGUCAUCAAAAGUUAGUCAAUUUGCAGAAAAACAAUGGUUUUUAGAUAACAUACCAUUCAUUGAUAUUCCCGACAAAAACAUUGAAGACGUGUAUUACUAUCGUUGGUCAUCACAUAAGCGACACUUACGUUACAUAAUAGGAGGAACUGGUUAUAUGACCACCGAGUUUGUCAAUGAUGUCGGCUAUAGUCAAAAGUUUGGUGUUAUCAAUGCCGCCGGUGGACACCAAAUAUAUGAGUCGCGGUGGUUAAGAGAUACCAGAUAUGUAAAGGAUUACAUAAACAUUUACGCGCGUCAACUAAAUAAAGCGGCUAAUAAUCAGUACUCUGAAUGGAUAACAGAGUCGGCAUAUAAUACAUAUUUGGUUAAUGGAGAUAAAGACUUCAUUACAUCACAAUUGGAUGGUUUUGUUAAGAUAUACAAUGACUGGUUAGACCAUUACGAACCCAAACUGGGACUCUAUUAUAUAUCACCCGUUUGGGACGCACAGGAAUAUUCAGCCGCUUCUGUACAGACUAAAGACCCGUUUGGCGGUGGCAUAGGCUAUAGACCCAGUCAUAACUCGGAAAUGUUUGGAAACGCACAGACAAUUGUACGGAUUGCACAGUUAGCUGGAAAUAAAGACAUUGAAAAAGAUUUUCAGACUAAAGGAGAAAACUUAAGAAAAGCUAUUUUAACACAUCUUUGGGAUUCUAAGAGACAAUUCUUUUAUCACAUGCAAAGAGAAAAUAAUCCAAACAAUGAACUGUUAGAUACCAGAGAAGAGGUUGGUCUGUAUCCGUGGAGAUAUGGCGUUCCCGAUAAUCAAUUCAAUUACUCGCUGGCGUUAAACCAGUUAUAUGACCAGCAAGGUAUGGGUACAGAAUACGGUCCAUCAACUUGUGAGACCCGAAGCAAAUGGUAUGACGGCAAACAAAAACACCAGUGUUGUUGGUGGAACGGUAACUCAUGGCCAUACUCUACAGCUCAUGUACUUAGAUCGGUGGCCACUCAUAUUCGCAAAUAUAGUCAUCAAAAUCCAAACAUUAAUAUUGAUAAAUAUAUACAACUAUUGAAAGCCUAUACAAUGACUCAAUACAAGAAUGGAAAGCCAUAUGUGGCUGAAUGUCAUUCACCUGUCGGUGACUUCUGGGUCGGCGAUUCAUUUAACCACUCGGAACAUUACGCCCACUCCACAUAUACUGAUAAUGUAUUGACUGAAUUAUUAGGUAUUUUACCCCAAGAAGACAAUACCAUAAUUAUAGAUCCAUUGGUUCCCAAAUCGUGGUCUUAUUUUGCAUUGGAAAACUUAUUGUACCAUGGUAAAAAUAUUAGUAUCGUAUACGAUAGCACUGGAAAUAAAUAUAAAGUAGGCAAAGGUAUGACUGUUUAUGUGAAUGGUAUCAGUGUUUAUCACAAGGAAGGGUUGGAAAAGGCUGUUAUAGAUGUUGGAGACUAUACACAUGAACCGAUUAGCUCAAGGAUGGAAAAUUAUGCCGUAAAUAUCAAUCGUAAUGGUUAUCCCAGACCUUAUGCAUCGUUCACAGACAACAGUCCGGGAGACACGUGGCAGGCAGUCGAUGGACGCGUAUUUUAUGAUUAUGUGCCGAGCAAUCGGUGGUCAAACUUUAAUUCAAAACAUGAAACUGAUUGGUUUGCUGUAGAUUUUGGUAGAGAUAAGACAGUAAACUCUGUCAAUGUCUAUGUCUAUUCAGAUGUAGUCACACAUGAAGGUCGUACUGAUUGUCCAACAAAAAUGGUUAUCCAAUACUAUACUGCAAACAAUGAGUGGAAAGAUGUUGACAAUCAAAUGUCUUAUCCGUCUCAAUGUUCUCCAAAUGACAAAAAUAUUAUAACAUUUAAAGCCAUUAAAACAUCACAAAUAAGAGUAGUUUUUACCAGAAAUGUUGGAAAAGACUAUUACGUCGGCAUAACUGAGUUGGAAGUAUGGGCUAAAUGGCCACAAACGUCGUCACCUAAUAUUUAUGAAGCCGAAGAUGGUAUGGUAUAUAAUGCACUUAUUGAAAGAUCUUCAACAGCUUCGGGACAGUCGUAUGUGGGUUUGAUAGACAAGAAAGACUCGGCCGUUGAGUUCAGUGGUGUAUAUGUCAGCAAAACUAAGGAUUACAAGUUAAGAGUGUUUUAUGCAAAUGCAGAAAAUCAAGACUCAACACAUCAUCUCGUGGUUAAUAAUUUGCAUACAUUAGCGGUUGCAUACAAGCCAUCGGGUGCCGGAUGGGGUCAUUUCAGUGACAAUACAUACGUCGACCUAACUGUUCCCCUAUUGUAUGGAAAUAAUGUACUCCGUUUUGAAUACAGUGUCAAUCAUUCAGAAUUAGAUAAAAUACAAUUACUUGAUUAG